UAACGUUUUUAACAACUGUGUUAUCAUUUGCUAGUACUGGUAAUUGGUGACAUCUUUGAGUAGAAAUGUCAAACUAUAAAUUUUUUGAUUGAUUGAUAUUUCGGUCGGUAAUUAAAAACACGUGCCAUGUGGUUUGGUAUUUUUUUUAGUUUAUAAAUUAAUUUUAUAAACGUUUGGCUGUAAUUAGUGUACUAAAAUUUUUAUAAUUAAAUCUGUGAUAGUUUUGAUAAAAUAAUUAAUUAUGGAAAAUGUUACGCAUUUGUGGAAUAUUACAAAAUUUUUGUCUAAACACAAAAACCCACAAGCUAAUGAACUUCGCAAUUAUUAUGUACAAUGCUGUAAAGAAUUAACAAGCGAUGGAGAAUUACCAAAACAAAUUUUUGGUACAAAUACAAUGUGCUCUUAUUGCGGUUCGUUAUGGAAUACAGUAGAUUACAAAGUAAGAUUGAUCCGUGGAAAACCAAUACCGAAUUCGGUUAAAAAAUUGAUUAAAAAUUCGAAUAAUAAUUUACAAUUGUCAAUGUAUCAAAGUAGACUAGUACGUAAAUGUAUGAAGAAUCGGUUGAAUAAAUUGCUUAUAAUUUGUUCGAAUUGUAAAAAGAAAAAUAAAGUUACGUUAAAUAAACCAGAUCGAUUAAAAAUAGUAAGAUCAGAAAAUAUGACUGAUAAAACACCGAAGAAAAAAAAGAAACGGAUUAGAGAUAAAACUGCUGGUUUAUUGAUAAAUACUCCGAAUGUAAAAGAUGAUCAGAGGGUUGGGAUUAAAAAAAAUGACAUUGAUACACCUAAAUUAUUAAAUUCCAAAGAGAAGUAUAAAAGAAGCAAUAAUAUUAAUAAUGCUAACGCAUCCGGGAGUAAGCCGAAGAAAAUAAAUAUUUCAAAAUUGAAGGGAAUAAUCAAUACAUCAAUUACACCGUCCAGAAGAAGUAGCCUUCAUAAUUUUUUAACUGAACUUGGAUAAUUUAUUUGUUUAUCAUUAUUUUUUUUUUGUAUUUUUAUAAGUUAAUAAUGUAAAUAAAAAAAAUAUUCUUAUCUUUCAACUUAA